UGAGUGUUGUUCGGUUGUGCUGUGCAUUUCAUAUGCUGCCUGCUUAUCAGCAUACGCGUUGAAAUGCCGUCGCUGCAUUUCACAUAGUUCGCUAGAGAACAAUAACAAACUGCACAUAUCACAGGAUAAAAUAAACUAAACAAGUGAAACAUGUUUUGGAUUUUACGUCGCACUGGCGCUGCCAAUUUCUUUAAUUCGUUGAACAACAAUUGCAACUUCAGCAAGGGCAACAGCAAUGGAGGCGCCGGCGGCAACGGGAACCACAGCAACAACACACAGGACAAAUACGUAAAGAGGCCGCCGCGCAAGGCGUAUGGCAGGCUCAGUGCCGAGGCUGAUGAUGCCGUGUCGCUGGGCAAUAAAAUCGAUGAUCCAUUCGAUGAGCUAGACGAUUUUGAAAUGCUGGCACCAGGUGCCAGCAACAGCAACAGCAAUGGCAAUGCCAACCACAACCACAACGGCAACGGCAACAGCAAUGCGAGCAACAACCCUAACAGCAACACCAACACCAAUAUAAACAGCAAUGGCAACGGCAACGGCAACGGCAACGGCAAUGACGAGGCGAAUGGCAAUGAGAAGAGCCUAGAGCUUUUUCCAUGUACGAACGCUGAUUGCCAGGGCAACUUUGUGGUGGAGAAUGCGCUGUGUGAGCUGGGGCUGUGCCAAGUUAAAGCCAAAUCAUCAAAGGAACUGUCAGCGGGUGCCAUGUCCACAUCCAAGCAGAUUAACGAGAGCACAAUAAGUCGCCUACACGCACUGGCCAUGGCCGACGAUGACGAUGACUACGAUGAAUCGCUCACCUGCAAUGUUUGUGAUCGGUCGUUUCAUUGCCAUCGGCAGUUGGCUUCACAUCAGCAAAAGAAGCGACAUUUUGGCUGCAGCGGUUGUGAUAGCCUGUUUCCAUCGCUGAUGCUGCUCGAACAUCACAAGGAAGAGUUUGAGCACUGGAGCGACGAGGAGAUUGGACGACGUGUCUGCUGCCGUCGUAAUCGAUGCGACGAUGACUACUUCACGGACACGGACUCCUACAUCAGCGAUGCGGAGAGCGAGGACCUGGAGAGAUUGUUGUAAACAUGCAGCAGCUGCACCUGAAGAGCAGCACAGCUGUGGCUACAGAAGACCGAAAAAAAGGAAAAGCGUGUGAUGCCAAAGGCAAAGCCUUUGGGAGCUGGCAUAUUUGUGGCUUCGUGCGGCGUGCGGCGUACGGCGUCAAUUGUUAGGACUGGAAAAACGACGCACCGGAAAUUGCGAAAGUACCGAAUGAAUGUGGCCCAUAAUGAAAAUAGAUUAAACCGGUUGACAAUGGAAGCUCGGCACCACACAACAAUGAGAAAUGAGUGCUCGACCAGCAAGCAGCAAGCAGUCGCAGGCAAAGUCAAGUCGAGGGACUGCGCUACACUUUGACCCAGUAUUGAGAGAGUAUUGUAUAAAAGAGAAAAGGAGCGAAACCAAGCAUAUUGUACUUUUAGAGUUUAACUGCAGACCCCUAGCAAUGGUCUUAAAACAAAAACAAAAGCGAACACACACAAAUACAAUCAAAUAGGAGAACACAAAUACCAAUACAGCAACUAAAAGACAAAGCCAAAGAAAAGCAUACUGCAUAUGUUGUAUGCAAAUUCUUGUAUUUGUGUGUGUAUACAUUUAUAAGUAAAUAUUUGUGUAAAAAAAACAGAGCUAUAUAACCAACACCCCCCAAAAAAAAUGAAAAAAGAAAAAAUGAAUUCAUAUCAUUCAAUGCAUAUGUGUCAACCAAAAUGAAACUAUUUGUGUACGAAUCUGAAUGUGCAUACGACAAAAGAAAUACCUGUAUUUUUAAAUACAAGUACUCGAAAUAAA